AUGACCAAUUUUUUGCGUAACUAUCGACCCCGUGGAUUCGCUACGUAUUUCGCAAUGACGUACGCAAAACCGUUUUGGCGCGAGAAUGGGAACAGUGGACAGAUAAUCUACUCGGGAGUUGUUGAUGAUUUGCUUUGGGCGACGACGUUUGACACAAGCGAGAACAAUCUUUGUGGCCACGAUGGAGUGACGGGAAUCCUUUGGGGCAUUGCUCACUUCAAAUCCGAGAAUAUCACCGAAGCACAGAGGCAAUCAAGCUACAAAAAUCUGAUUGAGAUCACUUUCCCGAAUGCGCCUCAGCCAAUGGAUAUCAGCGAUUAUCAAUUCUACAACGAUCAGUACUCACUGGGAUCUAUUGGAGUGUUGCCCGUCUCAAAAGAUGCUUCAGUUCUUUCACUUCUUGGCGCACUAAGCAUCGAUGACAAUACACCGUAUUCAGAGCAAAGACGCAAGCGCUUCUCUCUUCAAUCACCGUCCAUUCAUUUCACCUCAGCCGAGCUCUCAAAAGAGUCAAUGGGCAUGAUGAAUGGAGCAGUUUUGCACGGGCAACUCGUCGCUGAACAAGUUCUGAAGCAACUGGCUGCAAACCCAUCCCCGUCCGUCUCUUCUCCUUCUCGAGCUACUCCCUACUCUGCCAGUCCCGAUCAACCAAGCACGAUCAAACCCGAAGCUUCAUCACUUCUCUAUCCAGACGAUUUGAUGAAUGACAAGGGCACGACGACUUUCGCCUAUCGCACAACUCCACAAUAUCCUUCUAGUGAAUCUCAAACGCCCCCACUAACGUCUACUGCGAAGUACGAUUUCCCUUAUGCCACCUCGCCAAUGUAUCCGGAUUCGUUCGAGACGACUACAGUGAAGCCAGCAAUGCAAGCAACCACUUUAGACUAUACAGCGGAAUUCCUUGGCUCAUCAACGAAAGAAUCUUCAACAACGACAACGACAACGACAACCACCACCGAAAUAAGCACAACAAAGCCUGAAUUGUCAUCACUUCUGUAUCCAGAUGAUCUCAUGAAUGACAACGCGACCACGACAUUCGCCUACGCGACAAGCCCGCAAUACGAGACGAGUGAAGAGCCAAAGGAAACAACACCAAAACCUCAGUCCAGUACCUCGUCAAAUCCGGAAAACGAAACGACUCCUUUUGCUUACGAAACAAGCAGCCAAUAUCCGGCGACUAGCUCAGAGGAGCCGAUUCUCCCACCCUACCAGCCUGUCUACGAUUUCCCCUACAGUACAUCGACACAGUACCCGAGUGACUUCUAUCCAACCACUGGAGCCUCUUACGAUCAAGAAGCUCAAGGGAAUACGACGACUCCAAGCAACGAGACGAUGCCUGCAGCUCCAUCGACAUUGGUGCCAGAUUUGUUGGCUGACUUGUUGAACGCGACGACUCCAGCAGCAAAUGUGACAGAAGUGACAGAAGUGACAGAAGGCGCAAAUGUCACAGAGCUUGUGACAACUCCAAGCAACGAGACGAUGCCCACGGUUUCACUCGAGCCAGAUUUUGUAGCCGACUUGUUGAACCCGACAACGAACCCGACAACGAAGCCCGAAAAUGUGACUGAAGUUCCAGAGGCUGCAAAUGUCACUGAGCCCAUGUUGAUUGCCGAAAAUGUGACGAUUGUGGAGCUGAUAAAUGCGACGUUUCCCGGGGAUACUGUGACCGAUUUGCUAAAUGAGACAACGACAAUCGAGCCAGCAACAAAUCAAACCGUUCCAGUGGAGACGAUUUCGGAUUUGAAUGGAACUUCUGCUGUGAAUGAGACUGAAGUGUCAACUCUUUCAGUGCCUGUCGAUACGGUUUUAGAUCUGCUAAACCCAAGUGCACCCGAGAAUAAAACUGAAUCACCGGUGCCUGUCGAUGAAGUGCUCGACCUGCUUAACCCGACACCGCCAAGUAAUGAAAUCGAGCCGAAAAAUGUCACAAAAACUGUGGAUGAGCUGUUAAACUUGUUGAAUGCACCCGAGAACAAAACCGUCAAUGCACCGAUUGAAGAGAUUCUUGAUUUGCUUAACCCAAAAGCACCUGAGAAUGGCACUGGAGUUGUUGAGGAAACGAAAAACACAAAUUUACCUGUACAAAUUGAUAAGAUUUUCGAUUUGUUGAAUCCAAAAGCACCAGAAAAUGGCACAGUCGAUGAAAAGAGCACCGUUGCACCGGCACCGGCACCGGCACUUGUUGAUCUGAUUUGGGAUUUGCUAAACCCGAGCCAGCCUCCAGAGAAUGUCACUCAGUCAGAGCCAGCUAGCCAGCCAGCCAGCCAGCCAGCCAAUUUCACUGAAACGCUUCCAACAGCACCAACAAACGCCACCGCAGAAACCCCAGAACUUCCAACAACACCAACAAACGCCACCGCAGAAACCCCAGAACUUCCAACAACACCAACAAACGCCACCGCAGAAACUCCAGAACUUCCAACAACACCAACAAACGCCACCACAGAGACGCUAGAAGUCUCGACUACAAUCUUUACUCUCAACGAUACGACGAAUCUAGUGGCUCGAGAUUCUCCACAAGCUAGGGAAAACUCAACAGCUCCCUUCGAAUACCACACUUCAUCCCCUUAUCCACCGGAUGCUUUCAAUGAUACUCAGCCAAUUUUGCAAACGAUUUUGAAUGAGAGCUUUGCCUUCCCGUACAGUACUUCUACACAAUAUCCUCUUGACGCUUUCCCCACUCCACAACCAUUACCGAAUACGACUGCUCAGCCAGAUCUAGCAGUUGAAUUGCUCUCUGCUGACGUGAACGCAACAACUGUUAACAACGUAACAACUGUGGCACCGGACGUAACAAAUGCUACCGCCGAGACACCGCAAGAAAUCGUGCAAGAUGCGGUGAAACAAGUUGAGCAAAACAUUCAAAAGAUCCCGUUGAGUAAUCGUAAGCCGAUUGCUGGCCGGCUCGCGAAUGUUUUGGCUUCAUUGCUCAAUUUGGUGAGACGAAGA